AUGGAGCCGUUACCUGAGCCCGCGUCCGGGCCCCGACCCAGGCCCCACCGUCUUCUGCUUCUUUCCCUGCUAUUGCUGCUGCUGCUGCUACUGCCGGCCCCGGAGUUGGGCCCCAUACAGGCCCGAGCCGAGGACACCGACUGGGUUCGACUGCCCAGCAAAUGCGAAGUGUGUAAAUAUGUCGCCGUGGAGCUGAAGUCAGCCUUUGAGGAAACUGGCAAGACCAAGGAGGUGAUCGACACAGGCUAUGGCAUCCUGGACCGGAAGGCCUCAGGCGUCAAAUAUACCAAGUCGGACUUAAGGUUAAUUGAAGUCACGGAAACCAUUUGCAAGCGGCUCCUGGACUACAGCCUGCACAAGGAGAGGACCGGCAGCAACCGAUUCGCUAAGGGCAUGUCAGAGACCUUUGAGACGCUACACAACCUGGUGCACAAAGGGGUCAAGGUGGUGAUGGACAUCCCCUACGAGCUGUGGAACGAGACCUCGGCAGAGGUGGCUGACCUCAAGAAGCAGUGCGACGUCCUGGUAGAGGAGUUCGAGGAGGUGAUCGAGGACUGGUACAGAAACCACCAGGAGGAGGACCUGACUCAGUUCCUCUGCGCCAACCACGUGCUGAAGGGCAAGGACGCCAGCUGCCUGGCAGAGCAGUGGUCUGGCAAGAAGGGGGACACAGCCGCCCUGGGAGGCAAGAAAUCCAAGAAGAAGAGCGGUCGGGCCAAGGCCCUGGGUGGCGGCGGCAGCAAACAGAGGAAGGAGCUGGGCGGCCUCGAGGGAGACCCCAGCCCCGAGGAGGAUGAGGGCAUCCAGAAGGCUUCCCCACUCACACACAGUGCCCCGGAUGAGCUCUGA